CUAUCUUCUUUCAAUUUCUCAAAACUCCAAUCUUGCUGCGGUAGUAAAUAAAAUAAAUAAACAAACAAUUAUUUGCCAAUUUUUUCUCUUCGAUUCAAUUAUUAUUUUUUAUAUAUAUAGUAUAGUAAUGGGCAGCCAAUGCUAUUCCGCUUAUUCUAUCCAAUCAUUGAACCCCACGUGUCCAUCAUCUUCUUCCUCCUCUGUUAUCUUCACUCUUCUUAAACCCCAGAUUCACAGAAGAAGAAUCAUUACUUGUUGUAAUAGUAGUAGAAGAAGAAGAAGAAUGGCUAGUGUUGCUGCGAUGAAUGCUGUGUCUUCGUCAUCUGUAGAAGUUGGAAUACAGAAUCAACAGGAGCUGAAAAAAGGAAUUGCAGAUUUAUAUGAUGAGUCUUCUGGGAUUUGGGAAGAUAUUUGGGGUGACCAUAUGCAUCAUGGAUAUUAUGAACCUAAAUCCUCUGUGGAACUUUCAGAUCAUCGUGCUGCUCAGAUCCGUAUGAUUGAACAGGCUCUAAGUUUUGCUGCUAUUUCUGAUCCAGCGAAGAAACCAACGUCCAUAGUUGAUGUUGGAUGUGGCAUCGGUGGCAGUUCUAGGUACCUUGCAAAGAAAUAUGGCGCUACAGCUAAAGGUAUCACUUUGAGUCCUGUACAAGCAGAGAGGGCUCAAGCUCUUGCUGAUGCUCAGGGAUUAGGUGAUAAGGUUUCAUUUCAAGUAGCAGACGCCUUGAAUCAGCCUUUUCCAGAUGGGCAAUUCGACUUGGUUUGGUCCAUGGAGAGUGGAGAACACAUGCCGAACAAAGAAAAGUUUGUUGGCGAAUUAGCUCGAGUGGCAGCACCAGGAGGCACAAUCAUCCUUGUCACAUGGUGCCACAGGGACCUUUCCCCUUCGGAGGAAUCUCUGACUCCAGAGGAGAAAGAGCUGUUAAAUAAGAUAUGCAAAGCCUUCUAUCUUCCGGCUUGGUGUUCCACUGCUGAUUAUGUGAAGUUACUUCAAUCCAAUUCUCUUCAGGAUAUCAAGGCAGAAGACUGGUCUGAGAAUGUUGCUCCAUUUUGGCCAGCAGUCAUAAAGUCAGCACUGACAUGGAAGGGCUUCACAUCAGUACUACGCAGUGGAUGGAAGACAAUCAAAGCUGCACUGGCAAUGCCACUGAUGAUUGAAGGAUACAAGAAAGGUCUCAUCAAAUUUGCCAUCAUCACAUGUCGAAAACCUGAAUAAUUAUUGCUUAGCUACUGAUGAAUAAUACAACAUCUAUGGAUCUUGGAAUGGAAGAAAAAUAAACUAAUCUAUUAAGUAAAGAAAAUGCAACAUUGAAUGAACUCUGGAUUGCAAAGCUCAAGAAAUUGCCACAUUUGCUACAAUAGCCUUAAAUUUUAAUAUUCCAUUUAAAAUAUUGUAUUGUGAAAUUGCCACAUUGUACUGAACCAAUCAUCAAAAGAGUAUCAUGUCUCUAGUUAUUAUAAGAAGAAUUGUUCAGCUUAUCUGCUAAUUA